GUUCGUGGUAGAUCUGCUGACAACGUGCCUGAUUGGGGUGUGUGUGGUGCUCUGCGACAAUCAUACAAUCUCACGCUGCUACAACUUGAUUCUUUAAGUGGGCUGGCUUUCGGCGACCAAAAAGCGCUUCCACUUGACCCAUUUGGCGUCUCACAAGCACCGCAGGGAAUAAACGCAGCAAGCGAACGAAAGUAGCUCAGAGCUCUCUCUCUCUCUUUGCGGAUCCCAAGUGCCAUUCCCCUUCAUAUCUUCAACAACAACCGCGUCAUAAAGACAUCUAUCUCACAAGGAUGAAGCUCUACAAGAUUGCUAUCCUGGGUCCCAGAGGUAGCGUCGGCCGCGCCGUCAUAGCAGAGCUUCUCAAAGAUGGCCCUGACCGCUUUGAAAUCACGGCCAUUACUCGCCCGGGCAACACAUACACAGCCCCUGACACCACCGCCGCCGCCACAAACAUAGCCACGAAACAAGCAGACUUCACCUCCCUCGACUCCCUGACUGCCGCAUUCGCAGGCCAGGACGCGGUGGUCAACUGCAUCUCGGGCUCGGCGACCCAGUACGACCCUUCCAAGCUCAUCAUCGACGCGGCGCUCGCCGCGGGGUCGGUGCGCUUCUUCCUGGCCAACGAGUUUGUGGGCAACAUCCAGGCCGAGCAGUACCGCCGCCUGCCGGAGCAGUUUGUCGGCGGCAAGGUGAGGAUCCGGAAGUACCUGGAGGGCCUGGCUGCGGAGGGCAAGAUCGACUGGUCUGCGAUCAGCGGUGGGCCGUUUUUUGACAUGUGGCUCAUGAAAGGACCUGCGGGGUUCGACAUCAAGAACCGCCGCGCCCGGAUCUACGGCGCCGGCGCGAUCAAGCUGUGCUGGACGCCUCUGCCUAUGAUGGCGCGGGGCGUGGCCAACAUGCUGCGGUGGUACGGGGAUGACGAUGAGAGUGGCGGGAAGAGAGACACCAGCGGGUUCGUCAACAAGGGCAUUCUUGUCAACGGCGUGCGCGGGCUUUCCCAGAACGCGAUCCUCGCGGUGCUGGAGGACAUGUUUGCUCCGACAACCACCAUCAGCACCACCACAGACGGUAGUGGCGGCCACGACGCGGAAGCCGCACGAGGCAAAGUCUUCGAGGUUACGCACGUCGACAUCGCAAAGAUCAACGCCAAUGCCAGGAUCGCCCUGGAGCGCGGGGAGGCCGCGAAAGCGAUGAAGGGCCUCGGCAUUAGCAACCAGUUCUACGAGGGCGACCAUGCGGGUGACUUUACACACUUGUGUAGCAACGAGGCCGUCGGGGUGGAGAGCGUCUCGGUGGAACAGGCUGUCAGGGAUGCGGUUGCGGCGUACGGGGAGGACUGUGAUAUUGUGGAGGGCAUGUACUUCAUCGAGCCUUGUGAGGUUUGAUACGAGAGGUCUUGCGCAAUGGGAUUCGGAGUUAGCGGCGGGAUGGAUAAAGUGUCAGGACAGAUUGUUACCAUGGGAUCAAAUUGUUUUCGACUGCAGUUUCUCGAAAAAUAUCGUUGGGAAACACAACUAGAAUAAAACAUAUCUGAGAAGCAAGCUUCUGCGUUACUUCCGAAUCAAAUCACCAGGUCCCGUCACAGUUCAACAGGUGCGAAC